GGAUCUUUCAGUCUUUGCCCUUACAUGGCAACAAUUAUGUGGUGAUCGAUCAGAGGAGCCAUGCAUAUAAAUAUACUAUCGUAUAUGCUUUUGAAGUAUUUAUUGUUCUGAUAAGUAAUAAACAAAAAAGUCACAAAAAUUGUGUCACUUGAAAAAAAACACCUUUCCUUCUUGCUUACGAAGAGAUUCUAGUAUCGUGUUUUGUUUCAAAACAAAGCAUAUAUAUAUGGGCUCUUCAAAGCGAUUAAAAAUAGCUUCCGCUUAUCUCAUUUCCAUGCUUUUGAAUGUAACCUUGGCUGCUCCCCUUUCAUCCCCAAAUUUGUACUUCCAUCCACGACCGCUGGGCCCACUAAAGCCGGCCGAGCUACACACAAAGCCGCCGGCUUCAAAACCACCCGCGCCGGUGCCACCUCAUCCAGAUCCGAAGCCGUGUCCACCAGCGCCGGUGGUACCGAAGCCGGCUGCACCACCAGCAAAGCCGCCUACAGCGCCAAAGCCGAAACCACAACCUCCAAUGCCGACGCCGACUCUUUCGCCACCACCGAUGAACUCACCGCCACCUCCGUCGCCGCUAUCGCCACCACCACCGCCAUCGCCGCCAAAGUAUUGUCCCAUUGACACAAUGAAAAUAGGGUUGUGUUUGGAUAUUUUAGGAGGCCUGAUUCACAUCCACCUCGGUGAUCCGGCGAUCAACAAGUGCUGCCCGAUGCUAGGAGGGCUUCUCGGAAUGGAAGCGGCAGUGUGCAUGUGCUCGACGAUGACGAUGAGGAUGAUGAACCUCACCAUUUUCAUGCCAGUGGCGCUGGAGCUAAUUGGCAUGUGUGGGUUGUACCUUCCUCCAGGCUACGCUUGCGAUCUCACCUCAAGAACGACUAAUACAAGCGCUCCCAUUAAUACUUGAAUAAUGCCCUCGCAUUUAUACCCAUUAACACUACAAAAAAACAAUGAUUUUGACACGGAGUUGGCACGGAAUUUUAAUUUGGCACGAGUUUGACACGGAUGCGUUAAAUUCGUGGCGAAUUCCGUGCCAAUGUCGUUUUGUCGUCACCAGCUAUUUGACACGGCGCUAUAUAUGACAAAAAAAGGUUCAAUUCGUGCCAAAUACGACCAAUCCGUGUCAAGUCCGUGCCUAUUUCGAUGUUUUUUUGUAGUGUAAGUAUAUAGUCUUGAUGUGAAAAAAGAGAGUUAAUUAUAAGUGUUAGCAUCUUGAAAGAGGUAAAAAAAUGUGGUGACAAUAACAUAAUUCAAUGAUUUUUUCAUCAAGGUUAGUGCGGAAAAAAUUAAAAGUGAUAUUCUAGCAAUUCUCAUAUUAAACAUUCAAAUGUUAUUAGGAUCGUGCCAUAUAUGUACACACAAUAAUUGUGUAUACAUAUGCUCCAUGUAAUUACUUACGUUGCACAUUUAUCGAUUUGCUUCAUUUCAAACAAGUUAACCAGUUUUCUAUUCCACCAAAUUGGUGUGUACGUGAUCUUUUGGGGAAGCUGCAAAUACGACGACCUUAAAUUGGAGUAUUCGCUAUUCAAU